AAAUGCUGGAUUUGAUGCUAUGGCUCUGUGUAACAUAAAACUGAGUGAUAGCUAAAGUUCUGCCAGGGAUUUGGCCCCCGAUCGAGGUAAUCCCAAAUGACUUUACUGUGACGAGAAACUGAAAACGGCUCUUGGCUUUCACGCUUAUUCUCUUGUGAGUGAUCUCGCCUUGUUAUUUGAACAUGGAGACUCAGCGAUGUGAGGAGAGCUCCAAGACUGGAGAAAAAGAUCCUACCGUGGAUGCAGAUCUUGCCACAGCUAUCAUGGCACGUCAGUUCCACCCUUCUGUCCUGGGCCCAGAGGCAUGGGAGGGCUACAUCUUCUCUGACCUGGAGAUCCGAAUUAAAGAAUCCACAGACCUCUACGGAGCAGUUCUCUGGCCUUCUGCUAUGGUGUUGUGCCACUUCCUGGAGAACAACUGUGACAAGUACAACCUGAUGGACAGGAAUGUGAUUGAACUUGGUGCAGGAACCGGUCUGGUCUCCAUCGUUUCCAGUCUUCUAGGUGCUAAGGUGACCUCCACUGAUCUCCCAGAUUUGCUCGGGAACCUCCAGUGCAACAUCACACGCAACACAAAAGGACGGUGUAAAUACACCCCCCUGGUCACACAACUGGUCUGGGGUCCAGAGGUGGAGCAGAGGUUCCCCCACAGCACUCACUAUUUUGACUACAUCCUGGCUGCAGACGUGGUGUACGCCCAUCCCUACCUGGAUCAAUUGUUGGACACCUUCAUUCACCUGUGUCAGGGGAACACACUGAUCCUGUGGGCCAUGCGUUUCCGACUGGACGCAGAGAACAGUUUUGUGGACCGCUUCAGAGAGCACUUCCACUUGGAGGAGCUGUACGACCUCCCCAGUCUCAGCAUCAAACUAUACCGAGCCUGGAGGAGGGACAGGAGGACUGAGGAUCAAGAGAAGGCUGCUUUUUAA